CUUCAUGAGAAAUUACGACAGAAAGGUUUUGGAUUGGUGAGCACUGUGUGUUGUAAAGAUGGGCAGAUAACGGUGGGUAUAAAUGAGCCACUGAAGUCCAACUCAACCACUCACAUUGGCAACACAUCAAUAGCGCCAUGGCUUCUUCAGACGCUGUAAUGAAGGUGGCUGCAAUGGGACGACCAUUUACCUUAGGAAUGAUGUACGACGCCCGGACUGAACAGCUGGUGCCAGGUAUAUCACUGUGGGAUCCACAAGUCCUGGCCAAGAACACUGUGGAAGGUGGAAAACCCAGCAGCCAGUUCCAAGUCCUGGCUUCAGACACUCUCGAAUCCAAGAGUUCCCUGUUGGACAUCGAUGCAUCUUUGAAGGCCAGUUUCCUUGGAGGGCUGAUUGAAGUCAGCGGUUCUGCCAAAUACUUGAAUGACUACAAGAAGUUUAAGAAUCAAUGCAGGUGCACCUUCCAGUACCAGGCCUCCACUGUCUUCAGGCAGCUGUCGUUGGGUUCAUUGGCACCGCUGGAUGACAGGCAGAGGGAAAUCAUUGACAUGAACCUAGCUACUCAUGUGGUCACUGGCAUUGUUUACGGGGCCAACGCCUUCUUCGUGUUUGACAGUGAGAAGUUGGAGUCCAGCAAUGUCCAGAACAUCCAGGGUCAGAUUAAUGCAGUGAUGAAAAAAAUCCCAUCAUUUGAUAUUGAGGGUAAAGUUGACAUUAAAAUGACAGAAGAAGAAAAAAAGGUGACCAACAAAUUUUCUUGUACCUUCUAUGGGGAUGUCUUUCUGGAAAGCAACCCUGCUACUUUUGUGGAUGCGGUGACCACCUACGUGAACCUCCCCAAGCUGCUGAGAGAGAACAAAGACGCCGUUGCUCCACUGGUUGUCUGGAUGCUUCCCCUCGUGACCCUCUACCCAAAGGCUCCUGUGGUGCCAAAGGGCAUCAGCAUUCCGUUAGCAAGGAAAGCAGCAGAGGUUAUAGAAGAUCUGAAGCUGUUUCAAAGUGCUUGCAAUGAGGCUCAGUCUGAGGUCGUCUCCCAGACCUUCCCAGAUCUUGGCCGCGUGUUACUCCGAUUCAAUAACCUCUGUGGCUACUACAUCGAGUUCCUCCAGCGAGCUCUGUCAACCAAGCUCCCUAAGAUUCGUGACGGUUCCGUAGACGAAAAGGAGUUGAUGCAACUUUUCCAGGAGAGAGACACGUCACCUUUCAGUCAUGAGAAGCUGAGCCAGUGGAUGACCUCCAAACUUCGCGAAGUGACAGUGAUGCAGUCCAUUGUGGAUAUGAUGGCUGGCACCAACGUCAAGCUUGUACAGAGUCAGUCAGAGCUGGACAAAGAGAUCCUGGAUGCAAAUGUCCAUGAUGCCCUCUGCUACGUUUUUACGUCCCUGGAGAUCACUCACCCACAGCUGGAUGACAUGGUUAAGUACUUGGAUUCCUCUCGUUCUCUUGCUUUAACAAAUGUUCCCUGGUACUUCUCUGCCACGGUGCUGUCCAACAUGAAAGAGAAAGCCAAGAACUUCUGUGACUUAGCAGCAGCUCUGAAGGAAAGCAAAGGCGUGAAGUUCUUCAUGGUUGCUUUGCCAAACGACAAAUACAAGGGCGCCAGCAUCUACCACUACCAGAGUGGGGCGCUGGUGUCUGACAACUUCUCCAGACCCGUGCUUCCUGAUCGCCCAGAGAACAUUACGGAUAAGCAGGCUCUCAUGUGGUAUGCAGCGGACCUCACCUUCAACGUGAACACAGCCAAUAAGUUCAUCAUUUUGUCCCACAACAACAAGAAAGCCACAUGUGGAGAAGGUCAGUCGUACCCAGAUCUUCCUGAGCGUUUUGAUGGCGUGCGACAGGUGAUUUGCAACGAGGGGUUAACUGACCGGGCCUACUGGGAGGUGGAGUGGAGCGACGGCGUCGAGGAUGACAUCGCUAUCGGGGUCACAUACAAGAAUAUUGAUCGGAAAGAUGACACCACAAGCUGGUUUGGAAACAACCCUGUCUCCUGGUGUUUUGGCAAAUUCAACCCCCGCACUGCAUCCUUCACUGGCCACAAUAAUGAAUGGGUUGAAACACCACUGCCCUCCACUGGCGUCAACCGAGUGGGGGUGUUUCUGGACUGGCCUGGUGGCACUCUGAGCUUCUACAAGGUCUCCUCGGAUAAGCUGACUCUCCUGUCCACUUUCCAAGCCAACUUCACAGCUCCAGUAUUCCCCGGUUGCUACCUGAAAUAUGAACGAAGCUUCAUUUACUUCUGCCCGGUUGAGUGAGUCAGCACCAUGCGCCAACCACCCUGCUGGCUACAACUGUGCCGAUCUUUCACACAUCUCAUAUGAUUAUCUCUCUGGUGCUACAUCGCCUGUUAAUGUGGGUUGUGAUUUCAUGGGCAAAUGAUUUCUUCAAAUAGGUGCAAACAUAUAAUCAGGUCAAAUUAAUCGUCGCUUUGACUGCUAGCAGUUCUGGAACUCUAUUUUCUGGAUUGUAAUCUUUCGGUAAUCCAAUAAAAAAAAAC